AUGACUGACGCAACUCCCACUUACCACCGUACGCCGGUUGUAGUUGAAACUCUGGCCGACCUGGACACGCCGCUGUCUGUUUAUCUUAAACUGGCGGACGGGCCUUACUCCUAUCUGCUGGAAUCUUCGCAAGGUGGCGAAAAAUGGGGGCGCUAUUCCAUCAUCGGCCUGCCUGCCAGAACAUUCCUCACGGUUCGCGGCGACGACAUCACGGUAACCCACAAUGGCAAGGUCAUAGAGCAGAUCUCCACGGAUGAUCCGCUGACCUUCAUCGAACAGUUCCAGGCACGCUAUAUAGUCGAGGAACGACCUGAUCUGCCGCGCUUCUACGGUGGCCUGGUCGGAUAUUUUGGUUAUGACACCGUGCGUUAUGUGGAAAAAAGACUUAAACACACCACGCCCCCGGACCCACUGAAAACCCCUGAUAUUCUGCUGAUGGUCAGCGAAGAAGUGGUUAUUUUUGACAACGUGAAAGGCCGCAUGCAACUGGUGAGCCUGGUCGAUCCAAACGUGGACGGUCUGAUAGAACAAACCAGAGAAAAACUUCAGGCUCGGGUACGCACGCUGGCCCAGGCAACGCCGAAAAUUCCAGUUAGCCAGGCCAAUCAGAAUAUCGAAGAAUCGGAUUUUAUUUCUGAAACUGGCGAAGCCGCUUUUAAAGAAUCGGUGGAACAGAUUAAGGAAUACACCCGGGCGGGCGAUGUCAUGCAGGUGGUUCUGGCCCAGCGCAUGUCGAUUCCUUUUGCCUCGCCCGCGAUAAAUCUGUACCGCGCGCUGCGCAGCUUAAAUCCUUCACCGUACAUGUACUUCAUGAACCUUGGUGAUUUUCAGAUUGUCAGUUCCUCGCCAGAAAUUCUGGCGCGCCUGGAAAAUGGUCGCAUCACCAACCGCCCACUGGCCGGUACCCGCCGCCGUGGCCACACAGAUGCUGAAGACCUGGCACUGGAAGAAGAACUGCUGGCUGACCCAAAAGAAAUUGCGGAGCACCUGAUGCUCAUCGACCUGGGUCGCAACGACGUGGGGCGCGUUGCCGAAUCCGGCUCAGUGGAAGUCACCGAGCAGUUUGUAAUCGAACGCUACUCCCAUGUCAUGCAUAUUUCGUCCAAUGUUGAAGGCACGCUGAAGCCGGGUAAAACCGCCAUGGAUCUGCUGCGCGCAACAUUACCCGUCGGCACCCUGUCCGGCGCGCCAAAAGUUCGCGCGAUGGAGAUCAUCGACGAGUUGGAGCCGGUAAAAAGAGGCAUCUACGGCGGUGCGGUUGGCUAUCUUGCCUGGAACGGCAACAUGGACACUGCCAUUGCCAUUCGCACCGCUGUGGUCAAAGACGGCAAGCUGUACAUAGAAGCCGGCGGCGGCAUUGUUGCCGACUCGGUACCACGCCUUGAAUGGAAAGAAAGCCUCAACAAAGGCCGUGCUAUUUUUCGCGCCGCCGCGAUGGCAGAAAAUCACAACUGGUUUACCAACUCCAUUACUGUGGUGAUUGUGCUCAAUGCCAUUGUCAUUGGCCUGGACACCUCUAAAACGCUUUACGACAGUUAUCACUGGUUAUUUGUGAUUGCCAACCAGGUUUUCCUGGCCAUCUAUAUCAUUGAAGCGCUCAUUAAAAUGGCGGCCGAAUACCCCAAAAUCACCCGCUACUUCAAAGACGGCUGGAAUAUUUUUGACUUCACCAUCAUCGUCAUCAGCCUGAUUCCAGCAACCGGCCAACUGGCAACACUUGCACGGCUGGCACGCUUGUUACGUGUACUGAGACUGAUAUCCACCCUGCCGGAACUGCGCCUGAUUGUCGCCACGCUGGUCCGCUCAAUUCCAAGCAUGGGCCAUGUGUUGAUGCUUAUGUCGAUCAUUUUCUACGUGUACGGCGUUGCGGGCUAUCACCUCUUCCACGACGUUGAUCCUACGCAUUGGGAUACCCUGGGCAUUGCGCUGUUAUCGCUGUUCAGAAUUGUCACUUUAGAGGACUGGACUGACAUCAUGUAUGCAGCCAUGGCGGUCAAACCCUGGGCUUGGAUGUACUUUGUGAGUUUUGUUGUACUGGGCACGUUUGUUGUGGUGAACCUGUUCAUUGCGGUUGUCAUCAAUAACCUGGACGAAGCCAAAGCCGAACGUUUAAAGGAACUCAGCACACCACCUACCUCAGAUGAAAUUCUGCGCGAACUGCGAGAUACCCAGACCGCAUUGGCCCGGGGAGAAAACCUGAUGAUCCUCAUGAUCGAUAAUUACGAUUCGUUCACCUAUAACAUCGUCCAGUAUUUAAGUGAGCUUGGCGCGGAGGUUGAAGUAUUCCGUAAUGAUGAAAUCAGCAUCGCGGACAUUGAAAAAAUGGCGCCAGAGAAAAUUGUGAUUUCUCCCGGGCCGUGCACGCCUGACGAGGCAGGCAUCUCGCUGGAGGUGGUCAGCACCUUUGCCGGCAAAAUACCCCUGCUGGGUGUUUGCCUGGGGCAUCAGAGUAUUGGCCAGGCUUUUGGUGGCGAAGUGGUGCGUGCUGAAGACGUGAUGCACGGCAAAAUCUCUAUGAUUCAUCACAACGGCAUCGGGGUUUUCAAAGGUCUACCCAAUCCUUUUGAAGCCACGCGCUAUCAUUCGCUGAUUGUGAAAAAAGACUCUCUUCCGGAUUGUCUUGAAAUGACCGCCUGGACGGAAAAAGAAGGUGAAGUUCAUGAGAUCAUGGGCUUUCGGCACAAGACGCUCGCGGUAGAAGGCGUUCAGUUUCACCCCGAGUCGAUCAUGACCCAGAGUGGCCAUGCUCUAGAAGAUAUUGUUAGUGGCAAAGAUCUCAAUCAGGAGGCCACCGCGGAAGUAUUUCAUACCAUCAUGACAGGCGAGGCCACACCCGCUCAGAUAGGUGCCUUCCUGGUAGGCAUGCGCCUCAAAGGUGAAACUGCUGAAGAACUUGCUGGUGCCGCUAUGACAAUGCGCAACCUGUCUACCAAGGUGAACGUCAGCCAUCCAAACCUGGUGGACACCUGCGGUACUGGAGGCAGCGGCAGCAAGCUGUUCAACAUUUCCACCGCCGCUGCAUUUGUUGCUGCAGCAGCGGGCGCCAAGGUCGCGAAACAUGGCAAUCGAAAAAUGACAAGCUUCUGCGGCAGCGCGGACGUUCUCGAAGCAGCCGGCGUUGCGCUGACGUUAACACCAGAGCAGAUCGCCACAUGCAUUAUGGAUGUGGGUGUCGGCUUCAUGUUCGCCCAAGCUCACCAUAGCGCCAUGCGUUUCGCAGGCCCGGUCAGACAGGAAAUUGGCGUGCGCACCAUGAUGAAUGUGUUAGGGCCGAUGACAAAUCCCGCCGGCGCCAAGCGUCAGGUCAUCGGCGUUUUUGACAGCCAAUGGCAGACGCGGAUGGCCCAGGUACUGCACCUGCUGGGUACCGAACACGCCAUGAUUGUCCACAGUAAUGGUCUUGACGAAAUACGCUUAGACGCCCCUACCUCUGUUGUCGAGUUGCGCAAUGGCGCCAUUGAACAGUAUGACAUUGCGCCUGAAGACUUUGGCCUGGAGCGCAUUUCCACGUCUGCCGUCAAUGAUCUGUGCGCAGACUCCACAGAAAGCAGCCUGAAGCUGGUAAAACAAUCAUUAACAUCAGCAGACUCAGCGGCCGCCGACAUUGUCAGCCUGAAUGCAGGCGCCGCAAUUUACGUAUCCGGUGUUGCCACCUCCCUGAAGAACGGCGUGCUGAUGGCUCAGGAUGCCAUCGCCGCAGGCCUUGCUAAGGAACGUUUUGACGAACUUGAAGUUGAAGCACGUAAACUGCAACUUUCAUUAACAGACCUGCAGCAACAAAGCGAAACUGUUCAACCCGCACGCGGAUUCUGCGCAGCUCUGCAACGGGCUGCUGAACAGAAAAAACCCGGGGUCAUUGCCGAGAUUAAAAAGGCUUCACCCUCUAAAGGGGUUAUCCGCGAAGACUUUGACCCAGUUGCCAUCGCAGAGAGUUACACCCGCCAUGGCGCCACCUGCCUGUCCGUAUUAACCGACGAAUCCUACUUCCAGGGCAGCGACCAGUAUCUGCGAGACGUUCGGGAAGUGACCAACCUGCCGAUCAUUCGCAAAGACUUCACCAUUGACGAAUACCAGGUGUAUGAAGCCAAAGCCCUGGGCGCUGACUGUAUUCUGUUGAUCGCGUCUGCUUUAAAUAUCAUGCAGCUGACGGUGCUCAAUCAAACGGCAAAAGGCAUCGGCCUGGACGUAUUGAUCGAAGUACACAACCUCAGCGAAUUGCAGGCGGCGCUGAGCCUGCAGCCCACACUGAUCGGUAUCAACAACAGGAACCUGAAAACUUUCGAAACCUCGCUGACUAACACCACUGACCUGCUGCCACACAUACCCGGCAAUAUUACUGUCGUGACAGAAAGCGGCAUACGGUCAGCAGAAGACAUCAGCUUGAUGAACAGCCAUGGCGUUUAUUGCUUUCUUGUUGGGGAAACAUUUAUGCGCGCAGAUGACCCAGGGCAGGCGCUGCGCGAUCUGUUUUACUAA